AUGAAAAACAAUCAAGAUAUCCUGGCGGGAAGCUAUAAAAUCAAGAAAAUUGAUGAUGGUGAAGCUGAAGGAAACAGAGUUGAAAGUGCAAAUAUUCAAGAUAAUGACAGAACUAAAGGAAUGGUGAAAGAAUAUGGCUUCGCUGGAAUGGACAAAAAUUUACUCAAAAACUGUAAUCUAUUAAUAUUACCAACUUCCCAAACGUGUUUUGAAGCAGCUGAACUGGAAGCUAUGAAAAAUUAUGUUCAAGAAGGUGGUCAAAUGUUGGUGCUUCUCACCGAAGGCUCUCAAAAUAAUAAGUGCAACAUUAACAUUUUUCUGGAACAUUUUGGUAUCGUUCCUAACAAUGAUUGUGUAAUUCGUUCUCAUUAUUAUAAAUAUUUUCACCCAAAAGAGUGCUACAUUGCCGAUAGUCAAAUAAAUGCAACAAUAAAUAAAAAUAAUUUUGAUUUUAAGUUGGUUUAUCCAUUUGGAUGUAGCAUGAAUAUAAUGAAGCCCAGUGUUAUUUGUUUCAAAAGUGGAGUUUCAUCGUUUCCAAUAAAUUCUCCUUUGGGUGCUUUGUAUUGUAAUGAAAAAAGUGGAGGAAAGCUUGUAGCUAUUGGUUCAAAAGCCAUGUUCAAUGACAAUUAUCUCAAUAAAGAAAAUAAUGAUUUGUUUAGUGAAAUGCUAUUGGAAUAUUUGAACGAUUCAGAAAAUAUUAACUUAUCACCGGAUUGUGAUGAUCUUGAAAUUACUGAUGGAAAUAUCGUGCCUGAAACUGCUGAAUUAGCUGAAAAAGCUAAGCUUUGUCUUACAGAUGUCGUUAGUAACAGCCCUAGUGUUAACUUCGCAAAACUAUUCGAACAUAGUUUCCAUUUAAUAAAAAACCUUGGAACUGUUAAAUUAUAUGAGGAAUUAGGCGUCAAGCAUGGUCCUUUGAAAAUGAUUCCGCCAAAAUUUGAAGUUCCCUACCCUGCAUUGCAAGCUGCAGUAUUUCCACCAAGUUUCACAGGAUUGCCUCUUCCAAGUUUGGAAUUAUUUGACUUAGAUGAAGCGUUUAGAUCAGUACAUUUAAAAUUGGCACGACUGACAAAUAAGUUUAUUAUUUUGAAUAAUGGUAGUGAAUCAAAACAAAACAAUGAGAAAUAUAUGGCUGACUAUAUCAACUAUAUUUACAACCCUAUAGAAAUUAUAAACUUAGAUGAUUGUAUUUUAUCACCACCUUCCGAGCCUUCUUCUAAUUUGGAAGAUAAUGAUGCCGAAAGCGAACUUCAAUCCUUUUGUAAACUUCCUAAAUUGCUCACAUUUCACCGGGGACAUGUUAUGGACGAAAUAAUAGCAGCAUUCUCCACGAUAAAUACGGAUUGCGGUCCAAUACAGAUAACAAUGAUUAAUACAAAUGGCCAGCAUGAGUUUGCCGAAGAUUUUGGCGGUGUAUUUGGGGAUUGCUUAAGCGAAUUUUGGACAUCAUUUUACGAACGUUGUACUGUGAGUAAAAUUCCAAUUAUUCGACAUGAUUUUGAUGCGAAAAAAUGGCAAUCAGUCGCUAAAAUAAUAUUUGUUGGAUGGAAACAACAGCAAUAUUUUCCAAUUGAUAUUCCCAAGCCAUUUAUGGAGAUUUGUAUUUUUGGUAAAUUUUCCGUGGAAUUAAAAGAAUCUUUUCUGCAAUGCAUUAGCGACCACGAAAGGAGCACUUUAAACCUAGCUUUAACCGAUUUUGAACAAGUCAAGACGAGUUUCUAG